UUUCAGCCUAAUUCAAGUCUCUAAAAUACUAGAUCUUAUUCCUUAUUUCUUCUUUGGCCAUGCAACGUUUUCCUUAAGUUUGUUCAAGUGUGUUAAUAUGUGCCAGCGUCGGUAAUAAAAUAGAUGUUGCUUUUUGUGUCAAAGUUCCUUUGUACAUGGUAAAAAAAACUCACGCCCACUAUGUCAAAACCCAGCUCCAGAAAUGUCUCGAGACAGUUUCUGCCUGUUGUUGAUCAAGGAUAAAACAACGCUGUGCAAUAAAUGCAAAUUAAUACACUUUCUUCGGUUGGUUAGCUGAAAUUAAUUAAACAGAUGUAUUAAAAUAUACUGACAGUGAACUAACUGUUGCGUAAAAACGUUUUUCUGCUCCGAAAGCAUCAAUUCUACAAAAAACUCAUUUUAAACUAAAGGUGAAACUCAGCUCUAAUGGAUUUUAUUGAUUAACUGAAAGUAUGGAUGCUUAAAAACUACGACUUCACUUUAUACCAUAUUGCAGUAGUUAACAAUGGAUUUUCGCGAGUUGAACAAAAUCAAGAAAGAAAAUAAAAAGAAGCCCAUACUUGUAAUUAAAGAUCGAAAAACUGUUCUGUCGGCUUUGGAUAUUCAAAAGUUGUUAGGCUUGACGAUUUUCCCCCAACAUUUCGUUAAAUGGCCUGAUUGGUGUUCAGUGACCAAGCCCUCGUUCAUCAAGAAUAUUGUUCUGAUAUUUAUUAACAGAGUAAAUACUCUAAAAUCGAACGAGAAAUACGGACAACAGUUUGCUCUGAUGUUUGGGGAGCCACUGAAAAUAUUAAAUCCAGAAGCUUAUAAGUAUACAUGGGACAGAGAAAUUUCUACUGUCCCCAGAAGUUUCCUCACAACUCACGCAGCAGCUAUGGCGGAUUUAAAUAAGUCAAUACUAACUCCUGUUCCCCGUCGCACGUGGAUAGAUGAUGAAAAUACUAUUGAUAAAAUGCGUAUAAUCAAAUCAGUUCAUGAAAUAACUAAAGAACAGUUACCUUCACAGACUACUAAUUCUACUUCUACUACUACGACAACUACUAAUGGACCAGUAGAAAAACGUACUCUCAAAAGAAAAGCUGAUAAACUUUUUCCAUUACCUAUACCAGGUACACCUGAUGCAUUUGAUAGAACUUUACUGAUUUUAAAUGUUGAGCAAAUGAAAAAAGAAAACGUUCCAUUACCUAAUGAAUUAUUAAUCGACCAACGUAAAUACUUCAAAAACCGUUCAGAUUUUGUACCGAGUAAACCUGUAUACCUUCCUGUGUCAGCCAACAGCCCAAUGUAUGCAGUAGACUGUGAAAUGGUACUUACAUCCGUAGGAAGUGAGUUGGCUCGAGUGACUAUGGUUGAUGAGAAGGCAACAGUUAUGUUCGAUCGUUUAGUGAAACCGCCAAAUCCUGUUAAAGACUAUUUAACUAAAUUCAGUGGAAUUACUAGAGAAAUGCUUGCAUUAAUAGACACUACACUGGCAGAUAUACAGCGUGAAUUAGCUGAAACGUUACCAGGAGAUGCUAUCUUAGUUGGUCAUUCGAUUGGAAAUGAUUUAGAAGCCAUGAAGGUUUUUCAUCCGUAUUUAAUUGAUACAAGUGUCAUCUAUAAUCUGAAAGGCAAUAGAGCGGCUAAAACACGUCUUCGAUUUCUAUCAGAACAUUUUCUUGGACGUAUGAUUCAAACUGGUAAAGGAGGUCAUUCUUCCGCUGAAGAUGCCAUUGCUACAAUGGAUCUGGUGCGAUUAAAAUUAAGCCAAGAUAUUGGCUUUGGUGAUGUAACUACAUCUUGGCGUUUCCCAGAAGAUUACCAAUCGCCAAUAGAAGCCAAGUCUGCUAGAUUUACUGCAUUAACAAGCAAUAAACAAAACUUAAACAUCUCUGGUUGUUUACAGCAAUACAGCAAUACUACUGACGACAAUAACCUUCCAUUUAUUUCAUCAACAUGUAAUGAUUUAUUAACAGAAAGUCAAUAUUUUGAAACUCAUCCAGUUUUUCAAGAUCAUCUAUUAAAAUUAUGUUCAUUUUAUAAAUCUUUGGGUAAACCAAUUCACUUGUUUAAUCGUUUACUACAUGAUUCCGGUAUAACUUAUGCUUAUUGGCCAAUUUAUCAAGAAGAAAACGACAAAGAACAACAACAACAAAGAGAAGAACAAGAGAGGGAAAAGGAAUCAGUUCAGCAUAUUACUACUGAUUCAAAACAUAGCGAAAUUUUCAUACCUAUAAAUUUUAAUUCAACUGAUCAUCAAACAACUACUACUGAUAAUGUAAACACAACAACAACAACUACUACUACCACCAACAGUGAUGAACCUACAACAACAUUGACAGUAGUCAAUAAGAUUUCGAAAAAAUUAUCAAAUUACAUCGUUGAUUUGUGUAAUUCACAUAGAUUAGUAAUGAUACAGGCGAAUUGUUCGCCUGAAUGGGAUAAAGAAAAAUGCUACCAUAAAGUGUGUAAAUUCUGUACAAAAUUAUAUUCAAAUUUAGCAGAAAAUAGUUUAAUCGGUGUUAUUUGUACAGGUUCUGAAUUUCAAAAGCCAUUGUCUAAAAAACGUACACAUGCAAAUAUUUUAAAAUCAGCUGUAGGCAAUUUUUAUAUAACACUCAAUUCGAAUGUUAUUGUUCAAACUACAAUUGUUGAUAAUGAUUCCAAAUGAAAAUGCUUAUUAGUAUUGACUUUUGUUAUGUGUAAAUUUCGAAUUUCAACCGAUUUAAUCUUUUGUUUUUACUAUAAUAAUUUCCAAAAUAUAGAAAUAAACAUUAUUCUUUUGUAUAAAUUACGCAUAUUUCUUAUGAUGAUGAUGUAAUUAUUUACUAACAAAGAGAUAUAUGAUCGA